AUGUCGGCAUUUCGUGGAGAAUUUCAACACAUGGUGGCGAUCGGCUGGACACGUUCUAACGGAUCAAUUGACUAUCUCUGUGGUGGAAGUUUGAUAACCAAUGAUUUCAUAAUCACUGCAGCUCACUGUGGUGGAGAUUCAGAGAACAUUCCCCCUGAUACGGUGCGCAUCGGUGAUACUGAUUUAGGAAGUCCGGAAGAUGAUGAAUUUGCUCAACAGAUCGCGAUCGCACGAUUCAUUUCACAUCCACAGUAUCGGGGAUCCCGCAGGUACUUCGACAUAGCGAUAGUUCAACUCAAGGAUCCCGCCACAUACUCGUCGGCCGUGUGCAACGCUUGUCUGUGGCGUGAACUUGAAAUCCCCAGUGGCCCGAUGGAUGCGGUAGGGUUCGGGGCAACCGGUUUUGCUGAAGCGCUCAGUCCUACGCUGCAACGAGCGGAGCUGAAUACGAUCGAUAUGACUAAUUGCUCUAAAAGAAUAACGCUAAACCGUCGUCAGAUGCCGGACGGGUUCCGAACAGAUCAAUUUUGUGCCGUUGGCAAUAGCAUGGACACGUGCGAGGGAGACUCUGGCGGACCAAUAGGUGUGAAGCGGUUGGACGUAAAAGGAUAUGUUUUCCCUUUAGUAGUCGGUGUGGUGUCGUUCGGUACCCCGUGCACGGUAGGAUCGACCGGAGUAUACAGUAAAGUGAGCGAAUAUGUGGACUGGAUUGAGCAGGUGACGAAUACUUCGUUUGACUAUACAGAGUGCACCACCUUGCCUCGUUGUUCCGGAAGAGUUCGUCAAGAAAGUCCGGUAAACUUGGGUUCAAAUUUUGCACUAAAUCGCUUUGGUUUGCUCUGGGACAACGUCACCACGUUAUAUGAAUGUGGAGCCACCCUUAUCGACUAUCAGUAUUUCUUAACGUCGGCUUCUUGUGUUACAUCUAGCAAGGGCUAUCCACGGUACGUCGCACACAGUGGUACAGUGCUCAUUACCGUAGGAGAUGUGUACGUCUCCCCAAAGUACCGGCUGUGCAAACCGGAGAACAACAUUGCGUUGAUAAAGGUGGCAAAAUUCGUCAACACCAGAAUGUUUCGUCCGGCGUGUCUUUGGAAUCGAAACAUCGAUGGCGUGUGGCCCAGUGGCCUACAGUUUAGUGCAUACGACACGCGUCCUGAGCAUGAGAUACAUUCCCGUCCACGAGUCAAUACUACCAUCUUUGUCGAUGUCGAACCAGAACAUGAGUGUGGCAUCACAGGUACUGGCACGAACGAUGUAGUUUGCUUUAAAAACAACGUUAAUCUGAUUCCUGGAACUUGUACGAUGGAUUAUGGGGCAGCAGUAAUCAAUAGCACAAAUCCGCGAAUGCCAAUGUUUGCAUAUGGUGUUGUAUCAACGUUGAGCAAAGGUUGCGGUUUGGAUUUGUAUAUGAACGAUAUCACACCGCACAUCGAAUGGAUCGAGUCUAUUAUUGUGCACAGGCGUAACAAAUUCUUGGUAUUUACGAAUUAA